AUGCAGUCAGGAAUCGUGCCUCGCUACACACUAGCUUCUGGUCGAAUUCGCGAGUUUUUAUCGGCAUUCAGUGUAGAUGCAAUCUUCGGAAUUGACAUCAUCAGUAGACACUUGGCAUGCCAUGAAGACCCUAUCGCCAUGGGCGACCAAACUGUCUACGUGUACAAGGACUGUUUUGAGGAGUGCGAUGCUAGUUACAUGACUGAGAAGAGCAGGGAUGGCAUAAGCAACCGUGAUCCUUGUGUCACUCCGGCCUGUACAACACAAACACUGGUGCUGUAA